UCUUUCUUGAGCUCUAUAAGAAUGUCUCACCUGCGCAGGUAGGACAAACCAGACGACCUACAAACCACACAGAUUUGCAGCCAAUCAGAGUUGAUCAUGCAUCCCAACACGCCGCUCGUCCUCCUGGUAUUAUCUUGUCUCUGCCUGGCCAUGGCACAAGUGUCCUACGACGACUGCUGCCUGUCGUACGUCAACAAGCUGGACAAGAAGGUUCAAGACCGAGCCGUCAAGUACAGAAUUCAGCAGACGGACGGCGGCUGCAACAUCCGUGCUGUCAUUUUCACCCUGAGGAAAGGUCGCGUGUACUGCACUGAUCCUCGACACACCUGGGUGCAGGAACUGAUGGACGCCCUCGACAAGAAGUCUGCUUCCCCCCACAAGGGGAACACCAGAAAGCAGCAGAGGAACCGCAUGUUGGGCUGAAGGCGACCUUUCUGGAGGGAAAUCAGCGUCAAAGCUUGCACGUUCUAUUGUGAUCUUUUCUAUCUUUCAAAGAAAAUUUGCCGUAAAGCUGCUGUGAUUGGAUGGUGAUGGUGUGUGUGUGUGUGUGUGUGUGUUCUUUGGUGCAAAUGUUUUUUUUUACUCUUGCCAAGCACUAUUACAAUAAAAGGUGAACUAUCAA